AACGGCUGCGAUAGCAAUGCGUGUAUGUGUGCGUAGGGCAUGCGUAGGUGCGGUGUGGUAGGUACAAGCUUGCCCGACAGGAAGAAAUAGGGUCAGUCCUCCUUUUAAAGGGCUUGCUUCUUUCUCUUCUUACCUAGAGAUCCUGUCCGUGCCUUCCUAUGCUCGAUUGAUCGAUUAGUCACUUAGCGUCGUCAGGGGCCCUCCUAAUUUAAGAGUCAACCGCCUUAGAUCCUAUCUUGUAUCACUCUCCCGCAGUUGCUGGUCCGGUUCACAUGCCGGUAUAAAUAAUACGGCUCGUGGUCCCUUUCCCUUCCGUCUCUUGUCCGUUUGCCGUCAAGCUACCUUCCUUUGAUAUUUUAUUGCCAAAGCUCAUGCAGCAGUCAUUCCUUUAACGCUACUACCAAUUAUUUUUCUUCUCUUCUCUUCUCUUUUCUCCUUCAACAUGGAUACUGUAAACCUAACUUCUUCCUCUUCACCUGCCUUCGCACCUGCCUCCGGAACAGCACCCACCAAGUCUCCCUCCGACUUGUCUUAUACUUCUUCCGGUGCCUCUCCUUCACUCUCUACUUCUCACCACACUUCGCGCCAUACCUCACCUGAUUCCAUCACCGUUACCCAUUCUUCCUCUCCUUCUCAGCAAUCAGCACUGGUAGAUAUUACGUCGACCGUUGAUUUACACUGUAACCCCAAUUUUUCCCUUCCCAAGACUCAGCAUAAAAUGGACCGCAACCCGUUCCAGUCCGUCAACGAACGCCGAAACAAGCUCGCUACGGACCACAACAGUGGCACCAGCAGCCCGAUCCAACAGCAGCACCAGACCCAGCAGUCUCCCUCGCAACCACACUUCCCGUCUCAAGUCAUGCGAUCUAACAUGCAGCAGCAGCAGCAGCAGCUGACCCUCUCCUCGCGAGGCCUCGCCUCUUCUAACUGGCGCUCGCAGGGCGGCGCCGCCGACGACCAGGCUUACGCUUCUUCUUCUUCUCGCGGCAGCAGCGGCGAGUACGCCUCGGCGUUCGAGAGCAUCCCCCCUCCCCUCUCCCUCUCGAUGAACGCUCACCCCGCAAGCGUCUUACGACAGCAGACGCAGCAAACUCCUACCUACCUCAGCCCUCGCGCGGAGCACUUUCCGCAGCACCAGCUGGACUUCAUGUCCGCUGCUACUAACCACAACGCCGGAGCGGGUAUGGGCGCGGGAAUGGGGGCAGGUGUGGGUGCGGUGGAAGGAGCUACUGCCUCGCCCACGGGAACGUACUUCCCUAACAUGCAGCUGGACGGUAUUUAUGCGUACUGCUUCGACCGUGGCAAUGGCCAGUACACGCGUCUGGUACCUGCCGACAUGUUGCCUCCCCUAAAGGACGUUCCUGCCCUGCAGCAGGGCUGUGCGGGAAUGAUGGUAUUGCCGCUUCCACGAGGACUGCCUCAGAACGGACGUUCGACUAAUACCGACAUGGUGAUGCUUAAGACUCCUCCCAACACCCCAGGCGGGCCUUCGGACACUAUCCAGUCCCGUAUCGACACAAUUGUCGCAUCCACGCCCCCCACUCCGCCGCACCACCAACACUCUCUCUCCGGAAGCACCGGCGGCUUGGGUUUGGGUGCUACCACGCUCACGACUCCCGGUACAGGCGGCGGUGCAGGCGGAUCAGGAGGCCAAGGACCUCACGGUCACGCGCAGUCGUACUCGCAAUCAUUCGACAACACGAACAACAACAGCGUGGGUAACGGCAACGGCAACGGCAACAAUAGCCACGGCGGACGCAACGCCUCGGGAGGUCAGGGAGCUCACGGCGGCGGCGGUCACGGCCACGGCCACGGCCACAACGGAAGCGGCAGCGGCGGGGGUAGCGGAGCGGGAGGCCAACAGCCCCAGCGCCGGCCCAAGGUCUACUGCGACAAGUGGGUGCACGAGGGCGUGUGCGCGUUCACGCAGCAAGGGUGCAAGUACAAGCACGAGAUGCCCUUCGACAAGGUGACGCAGCACGCGCUCGGCCUCUUCCACGGCUUCCCCGCCUGGUGGAAGAAGCACCAGGCCGACCUGUCGCGCCAGCGCGAGGGCCCCGGUCCCGCUGUGCCUAGUACCUUGGGCUUGGGCAUGGGCGCGGCUAAUGGUGGUGCUGGUGGUGCUGGUAUGAGCGGUUUGGGAAUUACGGCCGGAGUGGGCGGUAUGGGUGCCGGUGGAGAUGGCACCCAGGAGUUGACUGGGUUGAAUGCGAGUCGUUUCAUGGCACGCGGUGGCGCACCGGGUGCUGGAGCAGGUUCGGGACCUUCGUCUGCUGGUGUGGGUGCGGGAAUCGGCUUCGUCGAGGGCAAAGGUGAUGGUGCGGGAAUGGCGUCGAGCCCGACGACCCCCGGCCUCCCGUCUUGGCGACGUGGUGGUGAGCACCAUUCGUCUGAGCAGAAGCCCAUGGGAACUGGUCGUGGUAUGACGCGAGGUGUGCCAUCUGGUAUGAGAAACCCGCUAGUGUCCUACGGUUCUCCUUUCGGACCCAUCGCACCCCCUCCUCGCACGUUCAGUACGGGCCCACCCGCAACUGCGAACCCGUACUCCUCUCUCGAAUCUCUCGACGAGAGUAACACCACCGCCGACAACGGUGAAGAGGAAGGUCCGGGCGAGACCUCGCGCUCUAGCGGAGCGCGUCUAUCUUAAGGUCUGCGAAACUAGAAUAUAAAUCUAGUCCAACAUCCUUAUGCAAACAGGUUAUCCCCAUGGUUGAAUAAGGAAUAAGGAAUAAGGAAAUAGGGGAUAGGAAGUAUCCACAUAGC